GCCGCCGCCGCCGCCGCCGCCGCCGGGCCGGGACCGCUGAGCGCCCGCGGCGUGAGGCGUGGGAGGAAGCGCGGCCAGUGCGCCCGCGGCGCCGCCCCGUUGUCGUCGGUCUUCGCCUCCCCGCGCCGAGCGCGGUCCGAGUUCCCUCGGCUAUGGAAAGAGGAGAGAGACGCUAGGGUGUGUCCGCACUGCCACUGACUCCUCCACAGAGCUGCGGGGCCUCUGACCCCUGCUUGCCUGUGUUUUUCUGGAGCCCCUUUCUUCCCAGUGUUGCCUGGGGUCAGAGUUCAGCCUGGUGACUGAUGUGUUUUCACUGGGGCACAUACAAGGUCACUGAGCCUCGCUGCUAUUAGGAGCCUGACUGUGAAGCCUGGAGACAGAGCCAUCAUCAAGAGCAGCGUCUUAGAAAUGAGACAGACUGCCCGGGCAUCACUGGACACAGAUGUGCCUCUUGUUCUCAGCCUUUGCUCAGCUCAUUUUCAGAAGUUUGUGAACGCAUAAAGCCUCAGUCACGUUCACAAUUGCGGAAGCAGGAGGAGGCUGUAACAGGCAUUCUUCAGCGGCUGCGGGCUGCGCAGAAGCAGCGCCUCCCCAGAGUGCCUCCAGCUCUGAGAGAAGGAGCCCAGGGAAGCUGGUCUCCUGCGGAUGGAAGCACACGCUGUGGGAGCCAUGACCCGGGACUUUGUGUGCGGACUCCGGGCUUGGUCUUUGUAGCUCUGAGUUGAUGUUGCUGGAACUGGCGGGCCGACAGGCCCUGAAACCAGCGGGGCCGGCUGUAUGGAGAAGAGCGGCUGUAGCCCGUUCCCAGUGUGUUGGGCUAAAGAAUAUGACAGGUACCUAGCAUCUAGCAAAACAAUGGCAGCUGCUUACCUGGACCCAAACUUGAAUCACACAAUGAAUUCCAGUGCCAAGACGCACCUGGGUGCAGGUUCGGAGCGGUCCCCGGGAGCCAUGGAGCGAGUGCUGAAAGUCUUUCAUUAUUUUGAAAGCAACAGUGAGCCGACCACGUGGGCCAGUAUUAUCCGGCACGGAGACGCGACUGAUGUCAGGGGCAUCAUUCAGAAGAUAGUGGACAGCCACAAAGUGAAGCACGUGGCCUGCUACGGAUUUCGGCUCAGCCACCUCCGGUCAGAGGAGGUGCACUGGCUGCACUUGGACAUGGGCGUCUCCAGCGUGAGGGAGAAGUAUGAGCUCGCACACCCGCCGGAGGAGUGGAAAUAUGAAUUGAGAAUUCGUUAUUUGCCAAAAGGAUUUCUAAACCAGUUUACUGAAGACAAGCCAACUUUGAACUUCUUCUAUCAACAGGUGAAGAGUGAUUACAUGUUAGAGAUUGCUGACCAAGUAGACCAGGACAUCGCUUUGAAGUUGGGUUGUCUAGAAAUACGGCGAUCGUACUGGGAGAUGCGGGGCAAUGCACUAGAGAAGAAGUCUAACUAUGAAGUAUUAGAGAAAGAUGUUGGUUUGAAGCGGUUUUUCCCCCGGAGUUUACUGGAUUCUGUCAAGGCCAAAACACUACGGAAGCUGAUCCAGCAGACAUUCAGACAGUUUGCCAACCUCAACCGCGAGGAGAGUAUCCUGAAAUUCUUCGAGAUCCUCUCGCCCGUGUACAGAUUCGACAAGGAGUGCUUCAAGUGCGCGCUCGGGUCAAGCUGGAUUAUUUCGGUGGAGCUGGCCAUCGGCCCCGAGGAAGGCAUCAGCUACCUCACAGACAAGGGCUGCAAUCCCACACAUCUGGCCGACUUCACUCAAGUGCAGACCAUUCAGUAUUCCAACAGCGAAGACAAGGACAGGAAAGGGAUGCUCCAGCUCAAGAUCGCAGGCGCACCCGAGCCUCUGACAGUGACAGCGCCGUCCCUGACCAUUGCCGAGAACAUGGCCGACCUGAUCGAUGGGUACUGCCGGCUGGUGAAUGGAGCCGCCCAGUCCUUCAUCAUCCGACCCCAGAGAGAAGGUGAACGGGCUUUGCCAUCGAUACCAAAGCUGGCCAACAGUGAGAAGCAGGGUGUGCGGACACAUGCAGUCUCCGUGUCAGGAGUGAGUCCCUGCCAGCAUAAGGCUAAGAAACCUAGGCGCUUUCUCCCCUUGCUCUUCUGUUCCCACGAACCUCCCACGGAUGAAGUUAGUGGGGACGAAACGGACGACUAUGCCGAGAUCAUCGAUGAAGAGGACACCUACACCAUGCCCUCAAAAAGCUAUGGAAUAGAUGAAGCCAGAGAUUAUGAGAUUCAAAGAGAAAGAAUAGAGCUGGGACGGUGUAUUGGAGAAGGCCAGUUCGGAGAUGUGCACCAAGGCAUUUACAUGAGCCCCGAGAAUCCAGCUCUGGCGGUUGCAAUUAAAACAUGUAAAAACUGUACUUCCGACAGCGUGAGGGAGAAGUUCCUGCAAGAAGCCUUAACCAUGCGCCAGUUUGACCACCCUCACAUCGUGAAGCUGAUUGGCGUCAUCACGGAGAACCCCGUCUGGAUCAUCAUGGAGCUGUGCACUCUCGGAGAGCUGAGGUCGUUUCUGCAAAUCCGGAAGUUCAGCUUGGAUCUGGCAUCCUUGAUCCUGUACGCCUACCAGCUUAGCACAGCUCUAGCUUAUCUGGAGAGCAAGAGGUUUGUGCACAGGGACAUUGCUGCUCGGAAUGUUCUGGUGUCCUCAAAUGAUUGCGUGAAAUUAGGAGACUUUGGAUUAUCGAGAUACAUGGAAGACAGUACUUACUACAAAGCUUCCAAAGGAAAAUUGCCUAUUAAAUGGAUGGCCCCAGAGUCCAUCAAUUUUCGACGCUUUACCUCAGCCAGUGACGUGUGGAUGUUUGGUGUGUGUAUGUGGGAGAUUCUGAUGCAUGGCGUGAAGCCUUUUCAAGGAGUGAAGAACAAUGAUGUGAUCGGGCGCAUUGAGAAUGGGGAGAGAUUGCCAAUGCCUCCAAAUUGCCCUCCCACCCUCUACAGCCUUAUGACGAAAUGCUGGGCCUAUGACCCCAGCAGGCGGCCCCGGUUCACUGAGCUCAAGGCUCAGCUCAGCACAAUCCUGGAGGAGGAGAAGGCUCAGCACGAGGAGCGCGUGAGGAUGGAGUCCAGGCGACAGGUCACAGUGUCCUGGGACUCCGGAGGGUCCGACGAAGCUCCGCCCAAGCCCAGCAGGCCGGGCUAUCCGAGCCCGCGGUCCAGCGAAGGAUUCUAUCCCAGCCCACAGCACAUGGUGCAGACCAACCACUACCAGGUCUCUGCCUACCCUGGCUCACACGGAAUCCCAGCCAUGGCAGGCAGCAUGUACCCGGGGCAGGCAGCCCUUUUGGACCAAACAGAUGCGUGGAAUCACAGACCCCAGGAGAUGUCCAUGUGGCAGCCCAGCGUGGAGGACCCUGCGGCGCUGGACCUGCGCGGGAUCGGACAGGUGCUGCCCACACAGCUGAUGGAGGAGCGGCUGAUCCGGCAGCAGCAGGAGAUGGAGGAAGACCAGCGCUGGCUGGAGAAAGAGGAGAGGUUCCUGAAACCGGAUGUGCGGCUCUCCCGCGGCAGCGUGGACAGGGAGGACGGCAGUCUCCAGGGCCCGACUGGAAACCAGCACAUUUACCAGCCGGUGGGGAAGCCAGAUCCUGCAGCUCCACCAAAGAAGCCGCCACGCCCCGGAGCCCCCGGCCACCUGGGCAGCCUUGCCAGCCUCAGCAGCCCCGGGGACAGCUACAACGAGGGCGUCAAGCCGUGGAGGCUCCAGCCCCAGGAGAUCAGCCCCCCGCCCACGGCCAACCUGGACCGCUCCAGCGACCGGGUCUACGAGCACGUGACGGGCCUGGUGAAGGCGGUCAUCGAGAUGUCCAGCAAGAUCCAGCCCGCCCCGCCCGAGGAGUACGUCCCCAUGGUGAAGGAAGUCGGCCUGGCCCUGCGGACGCUGUUGGCCUCUGUGGACGAGACCAUCCCCGGCCUGCCGGCCAGCACGCACCGCGAGGUUGAGAUGGCCCAGAAGCUGCUCAACUCGGACCUGGGCGAGCUCAUCAGCAAGAUGCGGCUGGCGCAGCAGCACGUGCUCACCAGCCUGCAGCAGGAGUACAAGAAGCAGAUGCUGACGGCCGCGCACGCCCUGGCCGUGGACGCCAAGAACCUGCUGGACGUCAUUGACCAGGCCAGGCUGAAGAUGCUGGGGCAGGCGAGGCCGCACUGAGCGCAGCCCGCUCCCGACUCCUGUGCACCACAGCCCGGCGCCCGGCGCUUCUGAUGACUGACGGCUGGUGGAUGAGCUCAUCGUUUAACCACAUUUUGGUUUGGGGUCAUUUUUUGUUGUUUCUUGAAUCAUGGUGUUCAGAAAAGUCCGGAUCCAAAAUGUGGCGUUUUUCUAAGAAUGGAACUGUCCGGGAGAAGCGUUAGGCCGUGCAGAGACUGUGGCAGGAAAUGGCCGGACUUGCUGGAAGCGAGAGGCGGAGGGGCGGAGCAGUGUGCGGACUGGCCCGCUGUGGGCAGACGCCCUCCGGCCGCACAUGCUGCCACACCGCGUCAUGAGGGCGGCUGAGUGCGUGUCCGGAAGGCGUGUCCGAGGAAAGCGCCACCGCCCUGGCGCCUGCGGCCUCGCGCUCGCGGGCUGGGCCCGGGGACAGCUGUGGAGCACGGACCCCGGAACGGCGCGCCCGUUUGUAGGGAUGUUCUCGGCAGAAACGCUGUGCCAGCGCCGCCCGCGCCUUUUCUAUAAUUUAUACCGAAAGAGGAAAGCCAUGCUGACUGCCCGCCGCCGCCGAGUACUAACCUUCCUCGUGUGUCUUCCCGGGGCAGCAGGCCGGGGCGGUGGCCUCGGAGGACUGCCCUCCCUGCAGUGUGCCGGGGGAUGUAAGUUAUUCUCAGGAAGAACAUGACCUGUACAGUGACUGACCUAUUAAACAGGUGUUACC